AUGUGCGGAACCGACGCUCCCAGCGGCGCCAAUGGCGCGGCCAACGGCCAGAACCCUGCCAACUUCCGCUCCAACCCCUACCAGCCCGUCGGUGACUUCCUCUCCAAUGUCGGCAGCUUCAAGAUUAUCGAGUCUACUCUCCGCGCCCUUGACGAAUUUGGCGUCGAUUACAUCGAGUUGACCUCUCCCGCUGCCUCGGAGCAGUCUCGGAGGGAUUGCGAGGCCAUCUGCAAGCUCGGCCUCAAGGCUAAGAUCUUGACUCACGUCCGUUGCGAUAUGCGCGAUGCCAAGCUCGCUGUAGAGACCGGUGUCGACGGCCUCGAUGUCGUCAUUGGUACUUCCAGCUUCCUCCGCGAGCACAGCCACGGCAAGGAUAUGGCCUACAUUGAGAAGACCGCCGUUGAGGUUAUUGAGUAUGUCAAGUCCAAGGGACUUGAGGUUCGCUUCUCCUCCGAGGAUUCCUUCCGUUCCGAUCUCGUCGAUCUCCUUUCCCUCUACCGCGCGGUUGACAAGGUCGGUGUUCACCGUGUCGGUAUUGCCGAUACCGUCGGCUGUGCCUCUCCUCGCCAGGUCUAUGACCUCGUCCGUACCCUCCGCGGCGUUGUUUCGUGCGAUAUCGAGACCCAUUUCCACGACGAUACUGGCUGCGCCAUUGCCAACGCCUACUGCGCCCUCGAGGCUGGUGCCACCCACAUCGACACCUCGGUUCUCGGUAUCGGCGAGCGUAACGGUAUCACCCCUCUUGGUGGCUUGAUGGCUCGCAUGAUCGUCACCAGCCCCGAGUACGUCAAGAGCAAGUACAAGCUCCACAAGCUCAAGGAGCUCGAGGAUUUGGUCGCCGAGGCUGUUGAGAUCAACACUCCCUUCAACAACCCCAUUACUGGUUUCUGCGCCUUCACCCACAAGGCUGGUAUCCACGCCAAGGCCAUCCUUAACAAUCCCAGCACCUACGAGAUUCUCAACCCUGCCGACUUCGGUCUUACCCGCUACGUCCACUUCGCCUCGCGCUUGACCGGCUGGAACGCUGUCAAGACCCGUGUUGGCCAGCUUGGUCUCGAGAUGACCGACGACCAGGUCAAGGAAUGCACUGCCAAGAUCAAGGCCCUUGCCGAUGUCCGCCCCAUCGCCAUCGACGACGCCGAUUCGAUCAUCCGUACUUUCCACCUCAGCCUUCACGAGCAGAACAAGCUCCAGACUCCCGCUCUCGUCGAGAACUAA